AUGGCUGGAGUGCAUGAUCAAAUGGGACACUUUAGUUGUGAUCAUACUCUUGAAACGUUGCGAUCUCGGUUCUACUUGUCGCAUAUGAAAAGCGAUGUGUGGAAUUAUGUUCGAACUUGUAAAUGUUGCACUCACAGAAAAGACCGAGCAGGCUUUAAGACCCGAGCUGAUAUGGUACCUAUUACGACCACACAACCAUUAGAACUGGUUGCUAUUGACUAUUUGUCAUUGGAGGAGUCGAAAGGGGGCAUUGCUAUCAUAUUAGUGCUCACCAAUCACUUCACAAAAUUUGCUAUGGCGAUUCAUAGUUCACUAUGGGGUCCCUGA